AUGGGCUGUCAACCAAUCCCCUCUGAUUUUAAAGGACCCCUGCCCCCUGAUACAGUAGGCUUGGUGCUAGGACGCUCAUCUUCAGCUCUGAAAGGCUUAAUUGUUCACCCUGGAGUUAUUGAUGAGGAUUAUGAAGGACAAGUAAAAAUUCUGUGCUCUUCCCCUAGAGGGAUAUCUUCUAUUUCCUGUGGGGAUCGUAUUGCUCAGCUUUUAGUAUUGCCUAGCCUACAUGGCUUGUUCCCUUAUAAAAAGGAUACUAGGGGAACAAAAGGUCUUGGAUCCUCCAGAGGAGGAUGUGCCUAUGUCUCACUGGAUCUGGAUGAAAGACCAACCUUGGAGUUAAUUAUUCGAGGAAAAAUUUUCUCUGGUAUUUUAGAUACGGGAGCAGAUACUAGUAUUAUCUCCACCAAAUGGUGGCCUUCUAAUUGGCCUGUCAAUCAGUCUUCACAAACCUUACAAGGGUUGGGAUAUGAGUCUUCUCCUAGUAUAAGUGCUCAGGCUUUAAGAUGGAGGGAUCAUGAAGGACGUGCGGGAGAAUUCAUACCAUAUGUACUCCCUUUACCAGUAAAUUUGUGGGGACGAGAUAUUUUACAUCAGAUGAAGUUUAAAUUGACUAAUGAUUACUCUAGUCAGAGUCAACAAAUUAUGAGAGAUAUGGGGUGUGUUCCAGAAAAAGGAUUAGGAAAAAUGUCACAAGGAAGUCCAGAGCCUGUGACUGUUACUCAAAAAUUAGAUCGAAAAGGACUGGGUUGUUCCUAGGGGCCAUUGAGGAUGCUUUG